AUGGAUGACGAUGGUGAUGGCGAUGUCGAUGGCGAUGGUGGUGGAGGUGGUGGUGGUGGUGGUGGUGGCAAUGGCAGUAUGUCAGUGAACAGUAACAACUGUUGAUA